AUGUCACACAGUACCAGUCCGGCCAGCAGAACGUUGUACGGUUCCCGAGAACAGCUCGAAAAAGACGCCAUCCGGCACCUCUUUGAAGUCUACGUCAAGAUCAAUGCUGACGCGGAAAAGGAUCCAAACGUCAAGGUUGAGGCAGCGGUGUUCUUCAGACCGAUGGAGGACGGCAAUGAGGCGGCGCUCGCGGACUGUAGGGUAUGGCGCGAGCUGUCGAUCCGCAAAUACGCGGAGGAGUACGCACGACUGAAUGUUCACUUUGACGUGUACACCGGCGAGAGCAUGGUCGGGAAGGCGAGCCAGGACUUGGCGCUGAAGGUGCUUGGGAGGAAAGGCUUGAUUGAUGAUGAAGAAGGCGCGGAGUGGGUGAACCUGGAGAAGUACAAGCUCGGGAAUGCGGUUCCGCGGAAAAAGGUGCAUUCAGUCCAUUCUCGAUGGGAUGAUGGGACGUCGAUCUACCUUAUGCACGACAUCAGCGGUGCGAUCGAGCGGUACGAGAAAUACAAAUUCGACAAGAUGAUCUGCGUCAUCUCGCAGCAGCGGGCGAACGACCUCCAGCUCGUCAACUAUGGGCUCAUGCUGGGCAUGAGCACGCGGCGAGGGACGGUCGUCUUCCUCGACCAGAGUAUCCAUGAGGCAGGCGUGGUGAUGCACGAGCAGAUGAAAAAGAACGAGGAGAACUUACAAUACGCAUACGUUUGCAUCUCCAUUUCCUGCAAAAAUCCCGAGCUCCUCCUGCUGCCGCCCCCCGUGCAGAUCGACACCGGCCUGCUCACGGAGCUCGCGACGCGGGAGAUCAUCUUCCUGCUCGGGUCGUACCCCGACGUGGUGAAGACCGCGCUGCGCACGCAUGAGCCGAGCGGCGUGGUCACGUUCGCCUUCCGCCUCAGCCAUGCGAUUUCGAGCGCGUGGGAGACGGUCGUCGUGAAGGGCGAGACGGAUGUCGCGAAGGCGCGGGGGCGCAUGUGGAUGUGCCUGUGCACGUGGGACGUGCUUGGUGCGGCGAUGCGCUUGUUGACUUUAAAGCCGUUGGAGCGGAUGUAG